UAGUAGAAUCCAAACAAGUCUCACCUGAAAGAUAAAACAAAUGUUGAUAAAACCCACACGUAUCAACCCACGUGGAUCCCACUUGACCACAUAACCUUACUUAGGCCCCGUUUGGCCUAAAGCAAUGUGGGAAGAGUUGCAGGUUACGUUGACCUUCUUUCUCCUCAUCCUUGGCAUCAUACUCAUCCUCAUUAGCUGCUAGGCUCUUUGCAGGUUAGCGAACCUAGUUUGGGUUCUUCACGGCAUCCUUUUGUUGGGUUCACAGAACCCAGUUGCUGGGUUAGUGGAACCCAGAUCUGGAUUCCGCGAUGCUUGGUUCGCGGAACCCAGAUCUGGGUUCUGCGAGGAACCCAGUUUCUGGGUUCGCGGAACCCAGAUCUGGGUUCCGCGAGGAACCCAGUUGCUGGGUUCGCAGAACCCAGUUUCUGGGUUCCUUGCUUGCUGGGUUCAUAACUUUGCCUUGCAUUUUAAUGCAAUUUGAACUUGAACUGAAAUUCAAAGAUCUAGGUCACUAGAAAUAUUUGUUCCAGAAUCAACCAAUACAGAAUUAUGUGGACCAUAACUUCAAUUUCAUGUAGGAGAAACAAUGGGUUUGUUGAGUAAUUAGUAUUCUUGAGAAUCUGAAUUUCUUGACCACCUGAUAUCCUUCUUGAAAAUCUCUAUGUUUCCAUUGCUGAACUGAAGUUCGUGUCUGGAAUUCUAGGAUUUGAUCUUGUGUAAUGCAUGUUAUCUUCAAAUUUCCAGAUAGUCUACCUCAUUUCUUGUUGAUCUGUUGUUUUUGCUUACUUACCCCACUGGCGAUCAACAAGGAGGAAUAUCUCCGGCUAACCCAAGGUUAGUUAUGUAAAUCUGGAACUUGCAUCGACUUCGUUUGUUUGUAGCUAAAUACCUUUGAGUUUUGACCAUACCCCUGCCAUGCAAUUCCUUUUUUAUUGUAAGAGUUUGUCCAUGAAAUUAUUUUUCACAAAUGAGGACAAAUCGGCUUCUGUUGGAUCCCUUGUCUGCAAUUUCGGCAUCUAAACUUCUUACUCUCAAGUUCACAAGUUGCUGGGUUGUUAUGUUCUGUUGUUUUUUAAUUUUUAGCCGUUUGUCUCCUCUCUUCGGUCAAAGAUCCACGCCGUCUUGUUCCGCCAAUUGGAUCUAUCUCUACUAGGAAAGCCCCAGAGAUUGCAUGGACG